AGUUCUCAUACGUGCCGGAGUGAACGUGAUAGAACAGUACAAGGUGGUAGAGGGAGCGACCAGGAUAGCAUACAGACCGUUCUGAGCUCAGCGAUCAGAGCAUCCCUAAGAUCUAAACUUAGAGGACCAUGGGAGGUGUGGUAGUGGACGAGGGACCUGGGGGGGUGAAGGCACCAGACGGGGGGUGGGGCUGGGCUGUGCUGUCCGGCUGUUUCGUCAUCACUGGGUUCUCCUACGCCUUCCCCAAGGCUGUCAGCGUGUUCUUCAAGGAACUGAUCAGAGAGUUCGAAGUGGGGUACAGCGACACAGCAUGGAUCUCAUCUAUACUGCUGGCUAUGCUCUACGGCACAGGUCCUCUGUGCAGUGUGUUGGUGAAUCGUUACGGGUGUCGUCCAGUGAUGAUGGUGGGGGGACUUUUUGCCUCUCUGGGGAUGAUUCUGUCGUCCUUCUCCACCAGCAUCAUCCACAUCUACCUGUCUACUGGAGUCAUUACAGGUCUGGGCUUGGCGUUGAACUUCCAGCCGUCUCUGAUCAUGCUGAAUCGCUACUUCAGUGAGAAGAGGCCCCUGGCUAACGGCCUGGCUGCUGCUGGGAGCCCUGUGGCCCUCUGCUGCUUAUCACCUCUGGGACAGCUGUUGCAGUACCAGUACGGUUGGAGAGGAGGCUUCCUCAUCCUGGGGGGGCUACUGCUCAACUGCUGCGCUUGUGCGGCCCUCAUGAGGCCCCUAGUGGCCCCUCCUAAAACCCCCCAGCUGGAACUGGAAGAUGUAGAGAAGGAGGUGAAAGAGUUGGAGGUAGAGAAGACCCCGUCCAAACCCAAACCGCUCCUGGACUUCAGUGUGUUUAAGGAUAGGGGUUUCCUGAUCUACACCGUAGCUGCGUCUAUUAUGGUUCUGGGUCUGUUUGUGCCGCCGGUGUUUGUGGUGAGUUAUGCCAAAGAGCUGGGCAACGAAGACACGAAGUCGGCCCUCCUCCUAUCCAUCCUAGGCUUCAUAGAUAUCUUCGCCCGGCCCACCUGUGGCAUCAUCGCUGGGCUGAAGUGGGUCAGACCCAGAGUUGUUUACCUGUUCAGCUUCGCCAUGCUCUUCAAUGGAUGCACUGACCUGGUGGGAUCUCAGGCGAAGGACUACCCGUCUCUGGUGGUGUUCUGUGUGUUCUUCGGCAUCUCCUACGGCAUGGUCGGGGCGCUACAGUUUGAGGUUCUCAUGGCGAUCGUUGGCACGGAGAAAUUCUCCAGCGCUAUAGGGCUGGUGUUGCUCAUGGAAGCUAUUGCUGUGCUGGUGGGACCACCUGGAGCAGGUCGGCUGCUGGACGCCACUAAGAACUACAUGUACGUGUUCCUGCUGGCAGGAAUUGAGGUGGUUAUCGCCGCCGUGGUCCUCGCCACAUGUAACUUCCUGUUCAUCAGGAAGAAGCCCUCGGAACCCGCCGCGGAACUGGAGAACGGAACGGUUUCCGCGGAAAUGGAGCUUCUCAACAAGCCUGUUGCCGCUGAGGAAGAGGAGGAGGAGGAAGUAGAGAAGGGGGAGAAAGAGGAGGUGAAGGAGAUGAAGGAGGAGAAGGAGAAAGAGGAGGUGAAGGAGAUGGAGAAAGAGGAGGUGAAGGAGAUGAAGGAGGAAGCGGUUGAGAAAGCGAAGGAGGACGAGGAGGACAGUGAGAAAAAGAAGGAGGAAGAGAAAGAGAAGGAGGAGAUCAGGCCUGAGAGCGUAAUGGUGGUCUCAGAAGUGGAGCGCUUCAUUAAAGAACCAGAAGAACAAAAUGGCGACGUGCUCUCCAGUUCUGAGACACGUCUGUAGGAGGAAGAGAACCUGGCACAGGACAAACUACAGACUUUACACUUAAACACUACCAAGGGCACUUUAAAGGGCACGAAGAAAUGUACUCCGCAGUGUACUUUGUGAACUUUGAAGGGCACUAAAAAGUGUACUUAGAAGUGGGCCAAGAAAGUGCUUAGAGAAGCAUACUGGGGAAGACAGAGCUGGUCCUAGCAGUAUUCUCCUGUAUGUAGUUGAGGUGUUGUUGUGUUGUUAUGUUGUUGUGUUGUUGUGUUGUGUAGCUGUUCUCUGUGGGGCUGUGUGCCAUAUCAACACCAAUAACACACACACACACACACGCACACACAAUCGUAAAGUGAAACUGAUAAAUGUCAAGUGAAUUACCGUGCUAAUAUUGUUGUGCCCUGCCGUGUGAAUUGUGAAGCUACCAGUGUGCAGUGCUGCAGGGCGAUAUGGUAUACACCAUGUUGUUGUCUGUAAUAAUAUGGAAUCCUUCCUACCACUGUUACUCUGGAGCACAACAUUACAAGUGUUCCGGAACUUUAACCAAACCCAGUGUGGAACAUUCCGCUGUCAUUCAACAUUCCGUUGAGUGGCAGAAUGAGGAAUGAAUGAAUAGAUACCUGGCUAUUGUCAGAUGCAUAUCAUUUCACUCAGAGCUUCGGCACAGAUGUUUAAAGGUAUAGUGAUGUUGAACGGUUGAAUUUCACUCUGUAACCUUGUAGAGACUGUAGACUUUAUUAGACUAGGACACACAGAGAGAGAGGCCAAUGAGAACACCAGACUAGUAUCCCUGGUUACCUCCCUAAUGGCACCCAGAGAGAGGUACUCUGUUUCUGUUUGUUUCAGUGUCAUAACAUUAACUAUGAUGACAGAAAUAGGUCACACUGUUUCUAGAGUUGACAGUUUAAUCUGUAGAUGCAGCUAGUGAGUCCCAAAUGGAACUCUACUCCCUAUAUAGUGCACUACUUUUUACCAGGGCCCAUAGGGCUCCCACAGGGCUCUGGUCAAAACUAGUGCACUAUAUAGGGAAUAGGGUUCCAUUUGGAAUAGACAUUAUUAGGUCUGGCAGAACUAGCUGACAGAAACCAUUCAGUCCAGAGAAACCAAUGACCUCCCAUGCAGAUCUAAAACACAGAACUUAUAAAAUGUAUUGAUACUUUUAUUAUGUCAGUAUUUGUUAAGGAAGGCGAAUAGCCUCUCCGUUUCAUGAGAAGUCAUAUUUAUGUACUUCCUUGUUCACUGUGUGUUCUGUUUUCUAAAAGACAACUUGCAGUGAGACUCUGUGCUACAUGUUAACUGAUAAAGACGAUGUUACGUA